UCCUGAGUCUCCACAUUGGCUUUUGCAGAAAGGUUGGGUGGAGGAGGCUGAGCUCGUCAUACGCCACGCUGCCAAAAGGAACAGAGUCCCUGCCCCUGAGGUCCUGUUUAGGUCUGAUGAGUGCUUGGAACUAAUGCAAAAUGAAGGUGAAGAUGAGCAGACAUAUACUUAUGUGGACCUGAUGCGCACCCCGAACAUGAGGAACAUUACAGUUCUAGGUUUCUUCAUAUGGAUGUCUGUCGCCAUGGUGUUCUAUGGUCUCUCUCUCUCAACACCAGUGACCUGAAUGGAAAUGCUUACCUGAACUGCUUCAUUUCUGCAGCCAUUGACAUUGUGGUGUACGUUGCCACUUGGCUGCUGGUUAAUCGAGCGCCACGACCAACUCUCCUCUUCUCCACACUGAUGUUCUGCGGCAUCACGCUUCUAAUCAUAAAGCUGGUUCCCGAAGGAGUUUACAGCACAGCUCUCCCGUACAUCAUCUUUGGUACAAUCAGCAUCAUGGCCGCUGUCGUUAGCAUGUGGCUGCCAGACACCAGAAACAACAAACUUCCUGACCUUAUCAGCCAAGCCAAACCUAUCAGAGGCUGUUGCUAUCCAAAGGAAAUUCCUGCAACCCAGUCAGAUACAACUGGAGGCUGUAAAGAAAUGAGCAAGAGCGCCAUCUGCUGAAACAGAAAUCACACAGCAAGAGUUGCGUGAUCACCAACAGUCUAUGGUGAUCACAGACAAAAGCCAUCAAAAUGAAUAUGCAGUAUUUCUGUGUUUUCCAGUGUGUUGGUGAGACAUUCAUGUUGUUUAUGAGAGAGAGCUACUCAGCUUCUCUGGUCUUUCCAAAACUAAGUAGUACAGAAUAAGCUAUAUUUACAUUUAUGUCAUCUCUAAAAUAGUGUUUUAUACAUAAAGAGCUAAAAAUCA